AUGACGAGGGUUGCGGUGGGGGCACGAAAUUCGGAUAAAACUUGCCGCAAAAGACGGCAGGAGGAGGUAACUUCCAGCAAGAAAAAGGACGUAGCAACGGCCGUUGUGAAGGAGGCGCCAGAUGGUGAGGGGCCAUUUCUCCCACACAACACUCCGGAGGAGGGAGGACGCGAAUCGCUGCCGUCGGUGUCAAGGGCCGUCGUCAAUCUCUUGGACGUUGUGGCGGAGGAAGACAGCCUCACACCGACCGGUGCUCGAGAUGCAGCAGGAGGUGGUUGUAAGGGCUCCAAGGGCGGCAAAAAAGGGAAGACGGCAGCGAUGAAAAGUGACGAUGCGGGCAAAAAGAGGGUGUUGUCUGGUACAUCACCAAAGAAGGGAAAGGCAAAGCAACGGUCAAAGGCGUCCAAGACGAAGCCCGGCAAAGCUGAGUCUGGAGGAGAAUCUAGUGUCGAAAAUGUGGGAAAGGGACAGGGCGAAUUGGACAGCAAAAAGGAAAAUGGCGAUCAUGCGUUUUCGUUGCAUCAGCAAAUACCUGAGAUGAAUAACAUUUCCGUCAAGGUGCACCUUGUGGAACAUGAUAUCUCAGAGCUGCAGAUUGAUAGGACGUCCUGUAGAAAUGGCACUUCAUCUUCUCGUUUAACUCCUUCACGUGAUUUAUCCGGUUUUAAUGAUUGUUUUGAGGGAAUGAAUAGUUGCGAGGUUAUUAGCAAUAAUAAUAGUAACAAGAACGGCUUGAGCAACAACUCCAAUGAGGGUUUUUUAUCACUGAAGGAGCAGGACACAGCGGAGAAGCCACUCUCACUGCGUUACUCCGUGAUGCCUCCCCUGACCAUUCCAAGGGAGGGACGAAAGGAGCACACGCAACAGAAGGAUGGGGCAACAAAAAAUGCCUCCGUCCAUGCGUCACGUGCACCUUCCGCGCCCUCUGUAAGUUUAGUUUCUGGAAAUUCAUCAGGUGCCGAUACAAAUGGAGAAAAAUUUGCCAGAAGAAGUGCACAUUCAUCUCUUGAAGAGGCGUUAGAUGGAUUGUUGCCAAAAAACAUUUUGUACCCAACCCGACAACUUCUCACUCGAAGUUUGGCCUCAGCAGCCGAAAAGGAACGUACUGCGACAAUAGUAUUUGACCUUGACGAGACGUUGUGCAACAACCGUCAACAUGGUCCGGCAAUACUUCGUCCCGGUGCUGUGGAGAUGCUGAAGCAACUUAGGGCUUUGUACCCUCAUCCGGUAAUGCACAAGGGAGAAACACCAAUGGAGCCCACCGGUAAAAAUUCUUCCACACAGGUACUGGAGGGUGGGAAGGACAACGGCAUCCAAAAUUCUUCUCCGGAGGCGACAGAAACUCCCACAGAUGACGGCGUCAUGUUGCGACUUGAGAUUAUAAUCUGGACAGCGAGUGUGGAAGUGGUUGCUCGGCCCGUUAUUGCCCGCUUGGAUCCUGAUGGUACCAUUCUCGACGAUGUCAUUUAUCGUGAUGUACGUUGGUAUCGUGACGGAGGGUAUACGAAGGACUUACGCCGUAUCGGACGUCACCUGGAGCGUAACGUCAUUGUAGAGAAUGCGCCUUCUUGUGUUUGUAUGAAUCGACGCAACGCCAUUCUCGUGAACGACUUUGUUAGCAAUCCUGCCGAUCGGCAACUCGUUAUUGUCCGUGCUAUUUUACAGGAAUGGCUUUAUAAUGUCAACGCGUUGCUUGUGCAUUGGCACUUCCAAAAGCUUAAACAGAAGCGACACAAUAUGAUAGAAGAUGGCGGUGAGAGUCCCGAGCCUGACAAGCCCAUGAUUGACCCUCUCGCUCGAGGUGGUUCCGCGCAUAGCUCCGUGUCGAGAAGUAAAGGAGAACUUUCUCUUGUGCCAUCAUCCCAUGGCGGGGGAAAUUUGUUGCAGGAACUCGAGCAAAAGGCCUCAGCGAUCCAUUUUCUCACGCAUCAUCCGUUUCUUUCGCCGGGAACGCGUUACGUGAAGCCGUCUGUAUGGAAAAAGGCUGCGAAGUAUCUUCAUGGCUGCGCUGGUUCGACCACAGCAGCAGCCAAACCUUUGAUGGCAAUGCCAGCAGCAAUGGCAGGAGAAAUUGGAGGGGGACGCGGUCCCCAGGAGCUGCCGGCCACCGCUCCGGCUCGUCCAGUGGCUUCUGCAAAGCCGCGGGGACACCGCUCGUUCGUCGACAUGGCGCGUGGACCGCGUGAAGUCCGUUAG